UUCAGAAUGAUUAUGGCCAUGAUGUCACAACCACAAGUAGCAUUUACUAACCUUGAAAUAAUCAAGUUUGGUAAAUGACACCUACAAAUGUGUUUUAGAAGGAUUAGUGACAGUAAUAAAAUGUUUCUCAAAUGUGUAUUUUUUCUAACAAUUGCAAACAUAUUAACAGAAUCAUUUACAGGUCAUGCUGGACUCCCGGACUGCUCGCAAGGACUGCAAAGUUGCCUCUUCUGCUCCGCGGGAGAGGAAGUGGCGUCAACAAUAACACUUCUUUAAAUACAAGAUGUUUCCAGUCUGUUUCUGGAUGGCUGUUAAAGAAUACUACAUAAAUUACAUUUGGAUAACAGACACAGUCCGUCUUGCUGAUUACAAUCAAAAACAAUAUUAUUAAUACUCAACACUGGCGGUGUUUUACUGUUACAGUAUAAUAAACAAAUUUGACUAGGUAUAUAUUAUUGAAAACAUGAACCUCUCUAGAGCGCACCUUUUGAAGUUAAGCAAGUACAAUACACUCCCGAUUAUCCGCGAAAUUAAGUGGCAGGGACACCGCGGAUAGUGGAAAUCGCGGAUAAUCCGCAAAAGAGCCAAAAAUGGGAAACAAAAAAGGAAACAUUAAUUUCAACUUAAAAAUCUAAACAUUUAUGUAUGUACAGUAAAAGUUACAAUUAACAGUAAAAAAUUUUAAAUUAUGCUAAAAUUGUAAUAUUUUACUGAAUAAUUGACAUUAAAUACAUUUAAGUAAUGUAAACAUAAAAGUGCUCAACAAUACGACUAGAAACAAAGUGCGACAGAGACAAAAAUAGCAGCGCAUGCCAGCCUACUGCAAGAGUUCCGAGAAGGCCAGUGGCAGUUUUACUGUGUACUGCACACAAUACACUUGUCAGUAGAGUUCAAAUUUGCUCACUUGUAAUAAAAUACAGAUUUACAUAUGUCAUGUAAUUUUUUUGUAGCAUGCGCGGACAAUCCGCACCGCGCAUCAUCCGCCCGCGGAUAAUAGGGAGUUUACUGUAUUCACAAAUAUAUGUAAGUGGUUUGGUCACAGUUAUGUCGGAUGUUAACUCCUUGACUGUAUGUUUUUACUUCACAGCGCCUUCAAGUGCCCCUCAGAGCGACGUUCGCGGCCCAGAGCCUGCGCGGUGCACGGCUUGCCGCGACACUGUCAAGCGCAUGUACGGCGUUUACAACGCCAACAGAUCUCGCGCAGAGCUCAGGGAUGCAGUGGUUAGCUUGUGCGUCUCGUCUCGGCUGUACGACAGCGUGGUUUGUCCGGCUACUGUUGACGUUUUCUUGGAAAUGAUGGUAUACUUUGCUGAGCACGCUGGCAUCGAUGCAGUGACUAACAGACUGUGCACCUUGAUCUUGAACAGAGAAACAUGCAGCGCUGAUGUUGAGUGGACAGUCGAUGCCGAUAUGGGAGUCAAGCCAGAUGUUGUUAUGCCAACUAUUUCACACAAUGUGAAGCCGGUCGCUUGUUCCCAGACGGGCCCGGUGACGAUAGUGCACGUGUCGGACCUGCACCUCGACCCCAAGUACAGCCCCGGGAACGAGGCGCCUUGCAGCCGGCCCCUGUGCUGCCGCGAGCCGGCGCCGGGGGGGCGGCCGGGCGGGGCCGGGCCCUGGGGCGACUACCGGAGGUGCGACCUGCCCCUGAGGACGGUGCGCUCGAUGCUGCAGGGCAUCAGGCGCCGGCACCCGAGAAUCGACUACAUUUAUUACACAGGGGACUUUGUAAAUCAUGCAGUUUGGGACUACAACAGGCAGCACAAUUCUGACAUCAUCACAAAGGUAGUGGAAGUUUUCAACGAGACUUUUGGAGAUAUCCCAGUUUUCUUUACCUUGGGAAACAGUGAACCAGCUCAAAAGAAUGGGUAUGCCCCUCUCAACGUGUCGGAUGCUGUUUCCACGCGAUACCUGUUUGAACUUGUGUCCGAGCUCUGGUCUCCCUACGUGACCCCCGAGGCACAACAGACGUUGUUACGUGGAGGCUUUUACACCGUCGUGCCUCGGCCGGGUUUCAGGGUCAUUGUUCUCAACAGCGUCGUCUGCCUCAACAGUAACUACUGGCUCGCGUACGACCCCAUCGACCCGUACAGCCAGCUUCAGUGGUUGGUAGGAGUGCUGCGGGAAGCGGAGCGUGCAGGGGAGAGGGUACACAUCCUCUACCACGUGCCGUCCGGCUUGAGAAGUCGGUACGGCUGGUGUCUGAAGGUUUGGGGCAGGGAGUUCCACAAGAUAGUCGACAGGUUCGAGAACAUUGUGACGGCACACUUUGCUGGACAUACGCACUACGAAGAGUUCCAUGUGUUCUACUCAACAGACAACUCCUCCAGGGCGAACGGAGUGUCGUUUGUUUCUGGUUCGGCAUCUCCAUUCAUCGACGUCAACCCCAGCUACAAGGUGUACACUGUCGACCCAGCUUCGUGGCACGUCGCAGACGCGGUGGCGUGGUCGUUCAACCUGACGGAGGCGAACCUGCGACCCGAGCGGGAGCCCGCGUGGCGGGAGCUGUACUCCAUGCGUGAGGAGUACGGCCUGCGGGACUUGCUGCCGGCCCGGCUGGACUCCCUGGUGCACCGCAUGGCCGCGAACCACGACCUUCUGCAGCGGUACGCCAGGAACUACGUGAAGCAGGGAGAUCCGCAGUUGGUGGAGGGUUGCGACGACUUGUGUCUCAAGGCGAAGCUGUGCGAGAUCGUGACGGUGGAGUCCGGGAACCUGGACAAGUGCGACGAACUGGGGCGGGAGUUCGACGCUGCCAAUAUGACCCACCGUGCAUCAGUGUGACCAGGACGGUUGUGGCAAAUUAAAACAGUUGAAUAGUCACCUGGAAAUAUAUUGUGCCUUGUAAUACAGAUGAUUGGGGAUGUGUAAAAGGUUUGGAAGUUAUUUAAAUACACAUUACUUGAAAACACAACAUAGAUAGUCAUUGUGUGGACAUUGCAAAAAUUUGCCAACAGUAGGAAAUUGAUAAUAAGAACUGUGUGUUGGUGUUGUAAUCUAAACAUUUAAUGCAAAAUUAUUGUUUUACAGGCAGAAAACUUAUAGUUUUAGUAUAAUAGGUUAUAUUUUGUGUCUAUGGACCAUGAAAUGAAAAACUAUAUUAAAAAUUUUCUGGAAGUUUCACCCUUACAACAGCUACAAUAGGUAGUAUUUCUUCAAAAUGUACCUAAAAUCAAUUGGAAAUAACAUUACUCUCAUAAUAAACCUUGUUUUCACCCUUCAAAGUUAGCGCUUCUGAAUUAUUUUCAUUCCUGCAGUGUUUUCCAUAAAUUUUUCAUAACUUUUUGAAUGGAUUUUGUACUAAGAGGGCAGAUGUAGAGUAGUUGAGAGUUAAAAAAAAAAUUUGUAAGGAAAGUGCUGUAUGUAUUGAGUUAUAAAUAUCUCAAAUAAGUGAU